AGUGCUUAUGGAACCAAACGUGGUUCCGUAAGAACCGGUGUUUUGACCCUGAGCAGCUGUCAAAAGGUCCAGUGGGAGCCGAUGAGUCCUGGAGCGGACACAUGGCUCUGAGGCUGAUCCAGGGUCUCCCCCUCCUCGGGAUCCGCUGUCGUGCCGGACCCGUGUGUCGCAGGCGUCUCCAGAGGACGUGCACAGCGGGUCAGAGAUGUGUCCCAGCGAGAAGAAAGGGCUGUGGACAUGUCCAGGACUCCCGGACCAGGAGCCUGACCACCAUCGUCAGGGAGCCCUUGUUUGUGGCCACCAGCUCCGUCGGGCUCCACAGAGACUCGGUGCCUCGGUUCCGUCUGACCCAACUGCACCGACCCCCAGUGGCCGAGGAGGAAGGUUUUCAGGGUCUCCUGCAGAGCUGCUCCUCCUCCAAGCAGGUUCUCAAACUCCUGGGAUCGGUGGAGAUCAUGUCUGACACCAUGGCCGCGGCGGUGCUCCAUCGCGUGGCCGACCUGGAGGGGGAUGGAAACGCCCUGACGGACCCGUCGGUGCUGGAGAAGGACGUCAUCCGAGCCCUGUGCUUUCAGCUGGAGCAGGACUCGGAGCGUCUGACGGACGCUGGGCUGGUGUCGGCUCUCCUCGCCUGCACGCGCCUCUUCUUGGACCCCUGGAGCACGCUGAUGGUGCGGCUGGUGUCGGAGAGCCAGACCCGGCUGGACACGGUGCAGAUGAGCGUGGGGCAGCUGUGCACGCUGGGCCGGGCCAUGCUGGCCAUGGAGGGUCCGGGCAGUGGGAUACUGGAGCAGGUGAUGGAGCAAAUUCAGAGGCAGAAGCCUUCUCAGUGGAGCCUUGCAGACCUUGUUGCUGUUUACAGACUUCUGCAAGGAGGUGUAGGUGGAGAUGGAAAGUACAGGGACCUUCUGAAUGCCAUGCACACUCAUGCUGUGACGGUCACCUCCAUCAUGGGUCCUGCGGCCGUCAGCGCGGUGCUACAUGCGCUUGUUGCUCUGAAUCAGAUGCAGGCCACACCUCUUGUAAUCAAUUUGUGUAAACAAGCUGUGCGGCAUGUUCCCUCCUUCACAGAUGAGGAGCUUACCCAUGUACUCGUUGCACUGAUGCACUUUGGUCACAGCGAUCAUUACUUCGUGGAGGCGAUGGAGAAGCACGUCCCCACAAUGGCCUUCACAUCAGACGCAGAGACGGUUUCCAAAGUGGUCCAGUUCUUCAGCCGUAGGAGGAUCUUGUCCACGACAGUGUUUGACGCUGUUGCUGAGAGCUUUGUGUACCGAGCAGAUGAUUACAGCACCAGCCAGGUGGUCAGGCACAUCACGGCCUUCGGAAAGCUGGGCUACCUCCCACCCAACGCAGGCCAGGUUUUCAGGAAGGUAGAAAACAUCCUGCGCACGCGGUUUUCCCACUUCCAGCCUCGAAUGCUGCUCAACCUGCUCCACGCCUGCACCCUGGUGGAGAGGUUCCCUGUCAAUUUUGUCUCCAAAGUUUUCAGCAGUUACUUUCUCCAGCAGCUACAAGAUCAGGACGCAGGACUCAACCGAGCUGUUCUGGCACAGCUGACUCAGCUCUACAUGACUGUGAAGUUGGAGUGUCCCUUCUACGAGGGUCCCAGGCUCCUUCCAAAGUACCGCGUCAAAUCUUUCCUCUCAUCUGCUCGCUCUGUUGAGACCCCGGUCGAUCCACAUCUGUACAACUCUGUCAAAACAGGACUGGUGGAUUUGCUGGGAGAGCGUUCCUACUUUGGGUCCAAAGUUCUGACACAAUAUUGCUACACACUCGAUGUGGAGAUAAAACUUGAUGAAGAGGGGUAUGUGCUGCCUGCCAGUCACACUGAAGACGUAUUCAAAAGGAUAGCUCUUUGCAUUGACGGACACAAGAGGUUCACUACAAACAAGAGGCAGUUGCUCGGAAAAGAGGCCAUCAAGCAGCGACAUCUGCGGCUCCUGGGAUAUGAAGUCGUUCAGAUUCCUUAUUAUGAAUUUGAAAAACUUCAUAGCAAGACCAGUGUGGUGGAGUAUCUUCACCAGAAGAUCUUCCCUCACACGUACAGGCUGAGCUGGUGAUGAG